AUGGAGGCCAGCUGCGGCUCAUCUUGCCCAGUUCCUGGAGGCUUUUACAGCUUUAGCCCCAACGUUGGCGGCAACGUCGUGCUACUUGCAAUCCACACUCUUCUCUUGCCUGCGGUCCUAUACUUUGGUGUGAGAUUGCGUACUCGAUUCUUCUCGUUGACCUUGGCAACAGGUCAUCUGCUGAGCUUGCUUGGCUUUGUUGGCAGAGUCUUGCUGCGUCAAACCCCCGACAACCCUGGGCACUUCCUGCUGUCACUCUUGGGCACAGUGUUGGGUCCAUCAUUUUUCACAGCCUCGAUAUUUGUGGUAUUCCCGCAUAUACGUCGUGUUUACGGAGAACGUCUUGGUCAAAACAAGCCGACACUUGCUGCUUCCACCUUGUUUGGCUUGACUACUGUGGCGAUUGCGGUUGAGGUGGUUGGGAUUGUGUUUGUUACUUACAGAUAUAACGGUCUAUCAGCUGUAGCACUGCUGGGGAGUGCAACUGCGUACUUUUGCCUCGUCUUACGAUUAAGCUCCGGUGACUGCGUCUCCGAUGGGACACACUCAAAAGUCUACACGUCAUCCCAGUUUGGAAGAUUUCUUCGAGGCAUUGAGAUAUCCACCACACUCCUCCUCGCGUAUUCAAUCUAUAGAAUCGUUGAGCUAGCCGGCGGUGUGGAUGCCGGCUUGUUUCAGAACGAGGUUGCCUUUAUGAUAAUGGACGGCGCAUUGCCCCUGGUAUCUGCCACUCUUCUCACAGUUUUCCAUCCCGGUGCUGCUUUUGGAGCAGCGUGGAAGCAAACAUCGCCUCGCCGGCCGAAUCGACCGAGUCCCUUGCCUCUUGAGGAGGAUGAGCAUCAGAAGAGCCACAACACACACUAUGCCUACGACCCAAAUAUCCGUCAACACUUGUCCCCAAGGUCAAACACGUCACAAAAAAUGGCAGGGAGUCCGUACGGGCAAGAAAUACCGUGCGGACCCUCUGGACUGCCGUCGAACCCGAGGCCAAACGCGAAGCCGCCAAGUCCAAUGGUUCCCUCUCCGAGAUCAAAUAAUUCUACAAACAAGCGUCUCAGUGACAGAUCAGAGAGGCGAGCUAAUCUGCAGAAAGACAUGGUGGACAGUGACGCUCUGUGGUAG